AUGUCCCGCCCUGUGUCCCGGGGUGCGGGUCUGGGGGCUGCCUCGGACAGCACCCUGGUUCUCCUGGCUCCCCUGGAACAACCUUUUGCUUCCUUCCCCUGGGACACCUGCCCCGUCUCCGUGCUGGAGGCCUUACCUGGGCGGCCUCUGGUGAUCAAAGAGUGGUUUCCUGAGGAAAGUGGUGUAAUUUCUGUGCUGAUAGGAGCAAAAACAUUAUUGAUAAAACUCUGUAGCUGCCAAUAUGCUUUCAGUGGAAUAUAUUUGGUGGUUCAGCACUUCCUGAGAGCAACAGAUUGCUGUGCAAUUUUUGCUAAUGCACAGUUGGCCAGCAUCCCCAUAUUUCUAAUAGUGUCAUCCGAAAUCAAAGACGGAAGAGAAAAUCAAAUCUGGUAUUUAAAAAUAUCAAAACUAGCAUUGGCUUUUGCAAUUAUCCACUCAAAACCGCCAGGGAAGAGUUCCAAAGAAUACACCGAGUACCUUGCCAAAACUGUAUCCGAACAAAAUUUUGGAUGGAAAUGGAAGGUGGAAGUGCUGGAAGCUGAAGUUCUUCGAUUACGCCAGGAACUUCUUUUGAACAGGAUCUCUCCAAGAUUCUGCUUGGAAAAUAGAAAACAGGAUACCUCUGCUGAAACUCUUCUGGGUCAGGAAUCUGUAAACCCUACAAGUUACUCAAGCCAGCUAGAAGAUUCUGGAUGUGAUGUCUGUAAUGACUCUGCAUUUGAUUCUUUAGGCAUAGCUUCAGAUUUUCACCAGUCUGAGCAUAAUGUCAAUGCUUCUAAACAUUGGUUGGAAAGAGUUCCCCCACUGAAUCUUUGCCAUACCAGCAAGGAGCAAUCUCUGACUGCUCCAGUGCAUUUUUUGCAAUGUCUGCUUGAAAUAAGAAAACUGUCAGAAGGAGGAAUUCUUCAAGCAGACUUCUCAGAGCUUGAGAAUGAUUCUUUCACCAUAUGCAAUUCAGUGUCUCACUUGCUUGAUGGACUGACUGUUUUUUACAACAGUCCUAAAUUCCCAGCUCCAAGCUUCCUUACUGAAGGAGUAUCUGUUUUGGUCAGUUUAAUAACUGAUACUAAAUUAUCUAAUCAUGUUUUGAAGAAGUGUUUCAAGAAGAUGGAAGAAUUUGAGAAAAAUCUAAUUCAAAUUAUUUUAAGAAAUAGGAGUGUCAAUAGGUUUCAGGCACUGAAUUCUGUAUCACAAAUUCUUGGUUUGCUAGGAAGGAACAACAUACUAAGAAAUUCUUUAAUAUCACUUCUCCUAUCAGAAGUCCGUCAGUUUGCUGAGCAGUUGUUGCAGGCUCACCAGAUCCAUUCUGUGUAUGAUAUCGCCCAGUAUGAGAAUAUGUUUCUUUUGUGCAUGAUUCUGGAACAACUUCUUCAAAAUGAGACAGAAGAAAGUAACAUUUCAAGUUCAGACUAUGGAGGAGAAGAAAAAAUCAAAUUUCUGAAGAACCUUGAUCAAAUUAUUCUUCAUCUCUCAGAUGAGUUCCCUCUGUUUUCUUUAUAUUUGUGGAGAGUGAGUGUUCUUUUGAACUCAGGUCAAAUGCAAAUUGAUUAA